AUGGAAAGCAACGAGAUCGAAUCAUUAAGAAGGUCGCUGGUAGCCAGUUUUCGGAAAAGGUACUCUUUUGUUUAAUUUUCCCUAAAAAUUUCCAGUUCUCAGAGAUUCGCGAGAAUCUUCGCAAAAAGUCGCUCUUCAAGUGAUAAACUAUUUGAGAAAGGUCGUUCUCCAGGAGAAGUUUGAAAGCCUUCAGUGAGUUUUUCAAUCCGACUUUUCAGCUAUACGUUUCUUUUUGCAGUCAAUUGAUCCAAUCUUUGCACCGGAAUGGAAGAGUUCUGUCUGCUGUUGAGCCAAACGAGCUGAUUAUUAUCAAUAUUGUUUUGAUGGUUUCUAAGCUUGCAAGAGAUGAAGCUCAAGCGACUAAAGGUUGAAAUAAACAUAUUAACUUUUUCAUUUGGAAGUUGGAGGACCAGGAAGUUUGACGCCCUAUGAUUCUUUAUACACUCUUUGGCGAGAAAUCGGAAGCAACGAGAAGAGCUUCAACAUAAAGAAGAUCAAGAAGGACCUGAUUCAGAGUAUCAAGGAGGUUUUUUUUUCAUAAAAAUUGUGCAUUUAUUGAAUUUUUCUAGAUUAUCACCGAAGUCGAAACUUCUCGCGAUAGUAUCGCAUCUCAAGCCAGUGAGCUCAUCAACUCUCAAGACGUCGUUUUAGUUUAUUCUCUGAAAAAUUCCCCGACUUUAGACGGAUUUUUGGCCAGCGCCAGACGUACUCGAAAAUAUAGAGUAAAAUAAUAGCCAGCCAUUGGAUUGAAAAGGAAAUUUCACAGGUUUACAACGUGGUUAAAAGUACUGAAAUUGACGAUUCUCCUGAUUUCGCGACGCCGAUUCAGCAUUGUGACGUCGGAAAUAAGAUGUGCGAGACGACCAAGGUGAGAAAUUAAAAUAAAAUAUUUCAACAGAAAUGAAACAUUUGAGGUCGUUUUGAGUGGCGCCGCCGUUUUUCCAGACGGAUCGUGUCUUGUUCCGGCUGGCGGUUUGACCAUUGCCCUGACCGCUCAACGGCAUUCUGUUCCUGUUUUCGUAUUGGCCGCGUUUUAUAAGGUAUUACUUAAAAAGUUUAUUAUUUUUUCUUACAAAGUUCCAUUUUUCAACCUUUUUAAUAAUUUUCCUGACUUUUUUCAGGUUGAAAUAUAAUUCAAAUAUUUUUUUUUCCUAGUUUAAAUGUUCUUUAGAUCAUAUAGCUAGGUGUUCAAUGAAAAGAACAAAGGAUCACUCAAAUUUAAUUAUGCUCUUAUUAUGUGGUUUUCGAUAUUUUUAAAUUUUCUUCUUGGAACUCGAAGGAAAAGUAAUUUAUUAAUAAAAAAAAAAGUUCAUUACAGACUCAUACAAAUUUCCUGUCCGUAAUCAAGUUUCUAACAGUAUAUGUCUCAGAUUUCUUCAAAGAAUGUAUUUUUCCAUUUUCUUAGAUAACGCCUUUCUUCAUACCGGAUCCCUCGGCUUUGAACACUUCUUGUCGUGCUGAUAUUCCAUUUGAUCUAGCAAAUAAGCUCUCAGGUUUCCGAUAUUUUGAAUUUGAGGAUUAUCCCAAACUAUUCAGGAAAAGUGGAGCUGAUCCAACCGGCCUUUGACAUUCUCCCCUCUCAACUGAUUUCUCUUUUCGUUUCCAACAGUUCUUCCCUGAUACCAGCGCACGUCAACAGGUAACCAUCAGAUAACAAUUUAUUGUCAUAACAGGUUUUUCAAUUGCAGAUUGAAGGAAGACUAUUACCACCCGCAGGACAUUUCAGAGUUUUGA